AAGCAGGGGGCAAGAAGCUGCGGAGCACUGUCCAGAGGAGCACCGAGACAGGGCUGGCUGUGGAGAUGAGGAACUGGAUGACCCGUCAGGCCAGCCGGGAGUCAACGGAUGGGAGCAUGAACAGUUACAGCUCUGAGGGAAAUUUGAUCUUCCCCGGUGUGAGGUUGGCUGCAGACAGCCAGUUCAGUGAUUUUCUGGAUGGACUUGGUCCUGCCCAGCUUGUGGGACGACAGACUUUGGCAACACCAUCAAUGGGAGAUAUCCAGGUGGGAAUGAUGGACAAGAAAGGACAACUGGAAGUAGAAAUAAUCCGAGCCCGUGGCCUUGUUGUAAAACCAGGUUCAAAGACACUGCCAGCACCAUAUGUAAAGGUGUAUCUAUUAGAAAAUGGAGUCUGCAUAGCCAAAAAGAAAACAAAGGUAGCAAGAAAAACGCUGGAACCACUUUAUCAGCAGCUUCUAUCAUUUGAAGAAAGUCCCCAAGGAAAAGUUUUACAGAUAAUUGUUUGGGGAGACUAUGGACGUAUGGAUCACAAGUCCUUUAUGGGAGUGGCACAGAUACUUUUAGAUGAACUGGACCUGUCCAACAUGGUGAUUGGGUGGUUCAAACUCUUCCCUCCUUCUUCGCUAGUAGACCCAACUUUAGCUCCUCUCACUAGAAGAGCUUCCCAAUCAUCUCUUGAAAGUUCAACAGGACCUUCGUAUGCUCGCUCAUAGCAGCUGUGAAACUGUUGUCAUAGCAACCAGCGUUACAAAACAAUAAAAUUACAGGUCGCAAACCCUGGUAACACUGCAUGCUUUAUGUUGUGUCUUCUGAGCCUGUUUCUAGGGCUGCAACGCGAUCCUGUGUUCUCAAGGAAGUUGCACACAUUGUGCCCUAUGGAAGGCCCUCAGGUGAAGGACAGAAGUCAUGAGGAACUGAUAGGUUUGGAGUUCAGGGACACUCAGUUUUGGUCCGAUCCGAAGCCAUGGACUAAACUAAAAGAAUCAAUCUGUUUCAUGCAACAAAAGUCCUUUCAAUGGCAUAUCUGUUUUGUUGCUCCCAUUUCUUUAUUUAUCUGCCCUCCCCUCCUAAAGCUUGGUUAUGCCACAGAAAUGGAGUUACCCUCCCAUGAAGCCAUGUUACAAGUCAGUGGAUUAGCAGGCAUUGGAGGAAAAGAAGAAUGUAAGGAUGCUGGAGAAGUCGACUGUUGUUUGAAACAGUUGCUUGAGAUCUGAAAACUCUUCAUACUGAAAAGGUUCAACACUUUAAAGUGGCGGGCUUCAUACCUCCAGCUAUAGAUACAGUGAAACCCCAGAUAUGAUGGACUCUAAAAAAUAAAGUUCUGUGGAUAUACCGUACUAUAUGAAAUUAAAGAAACUUUUUUGCAUGGACACAGAUUUAGCUGAACACUUAAAUUAUUUUCUUGGGGCUGCAACUUGC